AUGCCAGGAAACUUCCUCCUCAACCCCGUCGACGACAAAUAUCACUACAACCCUCAAAAGCACAUCCCCGACCUCUCCUCCAAAGUAAUAGUCGUGACAGGUGGUAACAACGGCGUCGGCAAAGCCACCGUCAUCGAACUAGCCAAGCACAAUCCUCAGCGCCUAUACCUCGCCGCUCGCUCGCAAGCCAAGUAUGACGAAGCAAUGACCGAUGUGCGCGCCGCCGCGCCCAACGCAAACGUUGCCUUCCUCGAGUUGGACCUCGCUUCCUUCGUGUCCGUCAAGAAGGCUGCCGACCAGAUCCUUGCCACAAACGACCGUCUCGACAUCCUGAUCAACAAUGCGGGCGUAAUGGGUCUGCCGCCGGCCCAGACAAAGGAAGGCUACGAAAUCCACUUCGGCACCAAUCACAUGGGCCAUGCUCUCCUAACGAAACUCCUGCUACCAUUGCUUCUCAAGACCGCUGAAAAGCCCGGUUCCGACGUGCGCAUCCUCAACCUCUCGUCUGAAGGACACAAGAUUGCAGCGAAACAAGUGUUCGUGCCAGACCAACUAAGCUCCUCUAUGAGCGACACCCAUUCGUACGUGCGGUACGGACAGUCCAAGCUUGCCAACGUCCUGUUCUCACGCGAACUGGCGAGGAGGUAUCCACAGAUCCUCACGACGGCAGUGCACCCAGGGCGCGUUGCGACCCCGUUGCUUGACCAGAUGUUCGCGACGAAGUCAUUCACCACGUACUUCCAAAAGAGCUUCGACGCGCUGGCGGGAGUUCUGACACCCGUGCAGGGCGCAUACACGUCGCUCUUUGCAGCGACGUGGAAGCGGGACGAAGUGCAGAAUGGAGCGUAUUAUGCUCCAUUCGGGAAGUUGAACGCUGGAAGUAAACCGUCUCAGGAUGUGGAACUCGCUAAGAGCUUGUGGGACUAUACGGAGGAAGAGAUUAAGAAGCAUGGAUACGCUUGA